GUGAGAAAGUGACGAAUUACUUUUCAUCAAAUGGAAAAUAAUUUAGUUUGAAAACACGUAUCUAUUCAGAGCACCCAAAAAUUAUAGUUCAUACAAUAUUUUAGAUACAAUCAAGCUAAAUCUGCACAGGAGACUAUACGAAAUCACAACAACUACACCAUCGAAAUGGCGGAAGGCGGCAGCAAGCGCAUCAACGUGGUUGUAAAAACGCCAAAGGAUAAGAAGACGGUCGAGGUUGACGAAGAUUCUGGAAUAAAAGAAUUCAAAAUUCUGGUUGCACAAAAGUUCGAGGCGGAGCCUGAGCAGCUCGUGCUUAUUUUUGCCGGCAAAAUUAUGAAGGACACGGACACGCUCAAGAUGCACAACAUUAAGGACAACCUAACGGUACACCUAGUGAUCAAGGCACCGACGCGCAACAACGAGGUGCCGGCACGCCAACCAGCCGACGUGCGCCAAACGCCCUUCGGACUGAACCAAUUCGGCGGUCUGGCCGGUAUGGAGGCACUCGGAGCCGGAUCGAAUACUUUCAUGGACCUACAGGCGCGCAUGCAGAACGAACUGCUCAACAACGGCGACAUGCUGCGCUCCCUAAUGGACAAUCCGCUGGUGCAGCAGAUGAUGAAUAAUCCGGACACCAUGCGCCAGCUGAUCACUUCCAAUCCCCAGAUGCAGGACCUGAUGCAGCGCAACCCUGAGAUCUCGCAUAUGCUCAACAAUCCUGACCUGCUGCGCCAGACUAUGGAGCUGGCCCGCAAUCCCUCAAUGCUCCAGGAGCUGAUGCGGUCGCACGAUCGGGCCAUGUCCAACCUAGAAUCGGUGCCGGGCGGUUACAGCGCCCUACAACGGAUCUACCGCGACAUCCAAGAGCCAAUGAUGAACGCAGCCACCGAAUCCUUUGGCCGCAACCCCUUCGCUGGGCUGGUCGACGGCGCUGGAUCUGGUGCCGUCAUCAAUCCGCAGCAAGGCACUGAGAACCGAAAUCCGUUGCCAAAUCCUUGGGGCGGUGGCGGUGCUAAUUCAGCCACAAAUGGUACAGGCACUGGCAGCGGCACUGGAAACCGAACUGGAGACUUGCCGCCGAACAAUGUCUUGAACACUCCGGCCAUGCGCAGCCUGCUUCAGCAAAUAGCCGACAAUCCGGCUAUGAUGCAGAACCUUCUGAACGCGCCGUACACGCGUUCCAUGAUGGAGUCCAUGUCACAGGACCCGGACAUGGCCUCGCGCCUAUUGAGCAGCAGUCCGCUUCUUUCUAACAACCCCGCCAUGCAGGAGCAGGUGCGUCAAAUGAUGCCACAGUUCAUGGCCCAAAUGCAGAACCCUGAGGUGAUGAACAUGCUGACCAAUCCGGACGCGAUGAACGCUAUCCUGCAGAUACAGCAGGGAAUGGAGCAGUUGCGCAGCGCCGCCCCAGGUCUUGUUGGUACCCUUGGCAUCCCACCGCCGCCACCCGGAGUUAACUCUUCAUCGGAUCCAGCAAGCGGCGAUGGAAGCGGUGGAAACAGCGGCACAACCACCAACAACGUCUCGCCUAGCAGUGGGCUUAACUCUGGUAACUCGGUCACUGGCGGUCCAAGUUUGGCUCCGGGUGGUGGUCCGAACGCGCAACUCUUCAACGAUUUCAUGAUGCGCAUGGUCAACGGGAUGUCGAACAACGCGGAUGGCACACAGCCGCCGGAAGUGCGCUAUCAAUCGCAGCUGGAACAGCUGGCAGCAAUGGGCUUUGCCAACCGGGAUGCCAACUUGCAGGCUCUGAUCGCUACGUUUGGGGACAUUAAUGCGGCGGUAGAGCGAUUGCUGUCCCUCAACCAAUUAUCUUUGAGUUAACAACGUUAAGCCAUUUCCAAACUGUACACAACCUGUCUAUAUAUCUAUGAACUACAUCUAUAUUUACCACUAUAGCCCUGGAAAACGCGAAUCAGAACACAACGACAACAAGAUGAGAAAGGGGGACGAGGUCCUUUUCCUAAAACCCCCGCAUACAAAUUCCACGGUCAGAACACUACCGAUGCAUAUUUAAAUUGGAAAUAUCUUGAAUCCUUUGAACCUACACAACACACCUGAGCACACUCAUACACACAAACUGACAACUGCACACGAGAAUAGGAGCCUAGAGAUCGGAGAGAUAUUAGACAAUAUGUCGCCGGUGAGAAAGAUAGAUAGAUAUCGCAUACCAAAGCGUCGGCACUUGUGUAGUUGAUAUCUUUUUUUUUUUUUUAAUUAUUAACAUUUCGAGAUUUCAGAAAGAUCUGAAAUCUUUAUAAGACACCUGAGAACCAUUAAAGCGGAAAUGUCUUACCCGAAAACCAAUUUGAAUAUGCAUAAACAGAGCAUAUAUCUGCACAUCCAUACACAAUACACACAGACAUACAGACCCAUUUCGCGCAUUUAACCUAAUUGUCUUUCAAUAAAUUUAAAGAGGUUUGUGCUCCCUUUGUCAUUUUAAAUCAAUUACAUAUUGUCAUAAACGUAUGUUAAUUCCAGUUGUGUGAUUGAGAAAGAAACGCGGUGCAAAUCCAAACGAUCUAUGGUUUUAUAGACAGAUGUGCAAUUCCUGUAUUUCGGUCAGGUUCUGGUUUCCGGUUUAAAUCGGGUGCUAAUGGGUCAACGCCGCAGUUCUUCUAUUUCCCCUCCCUUUCUCAAAACCCGAAAAUGUUAUGUUAAGUACACGACAGAAAUCGGGACAAAGUGCAGUAGAUAUCGGCUAUAUGCAAAGCCGGAAUAAGCAAAACUUGCUUAGAGAAAAAUAUAUACAUGAUGAUAUGCAAACAAAUUGCAUAGAAACAACGCAAGUAGUCAAAAUGGUUAUAGAUUUCUUGAUAUAAGAAUAAUCUCCAAGCGUUAUUUAUCCCAUUUGUUUAAAAGAGAAAAAUGUAAAAAAUCGUUGCAUAUAGGCUUUAGUUGCACUUAAGCGAUUUGCAUGUUGAAGAUAUCUACUGUAAGUUUUAUGUGUGUAUAUAUUUAUAAAUAUAUAUAUAUCAAAAUAUUCCAUGGUGUUAACAAAAGACCUAAAGCUAUUUCAAAUUCCUUAGUAAAAGCGAAGAGAAUACCCAACACUAAAUUGUAAUUUUACUUUAAGCACUCGUAUGCAUAUAACCGACUUUUUGGGACUGGACAGUUCUAAUGGGUCUCCUUUCCGAUCGCAUCCCUAAAAACACACUUUCGUAACGUUUCCUUUCGUGCGUUCACUGUCUAUAUAAAGUAUGAAAUCAAUGUAUACCAUGUAAGUACUAUUACUAUAUAUCUUCGUUACUCGUCGAAGUGAAGAGUAUGUAGGUGAGCCAACUUCAACGGGGGAAUGGGUGGGUGGUCAGGUACUGGAGCUGGACCGAUGUGAAGGCGAUCGGAACUAUGUUUAUUUGUUUAGUGAAGGAAGUGAAACUAAGUAAUUAAAUGUAAAUGAUCACAUGUUUUAAAUCAGUAAUAAAGCUACUUUGGUUUUAGAUUAUAA